CUCUCUCUGUGUCAAGCACGAGCCACCUUACAACACGCCUUUACCACCGCCGCCAGCUGCAACGGGGCCGCACAACUAAUAGGGCCCAAAGUCCUCCCGAGAGAGCACAAUCCCAACGAUGUCUGGCCUUAAAGUCGGCGACGAAGCGCCGGACGUGACGCUGCCUAACGAAGAUGGCACAUCGGUCCAGCUCUCUACGCUCUGGCUCGACAAGGGCCCUGUCGUCGUCUUUUUUUACCCGGAAGACCACUCGUACGGCUGCACGAAGGAGGUCUGCCGCUUUCGCGACGGCUACGACGACUUCCUCUCGGUAGGCGCUGCCGCUCUCGUCGGCAUCAGCAAGGGAGACCAGGAGUCGCACACCAGCUUCAGGCAGAAGCAGAAGCUUCAGUUUAGCCUGCUCACAGACAAGGACGGUGAAGCACAAAAGGCGUUCAAGGUCAAGAAACAGCUGUUUGGCCUCAUCCCUGGCAGAGUCACCUUUGUCGUCGACAAGGAAGGCAAGAUUGCGCACGUCUUUUCCAGCGCACUGGACUUGUGAGAGAACUCGGGCCGGUCACUCAGCUUGCUUUGCUAUAUUGUAAGACUGACACCGGGACUGGCUUUCUUUUUGCAUUCACAGCGGCGGCCACGUCG